UAUACCCUAAAUUUCCAUCUCUUUUCUCUUAACUACAUCUUUCCUUUUCUUUUUCCCUUUUGAUAAGCCAUAUAGUGAAAGGCACUAAAGUUUAGAGAAAUAAUGGGAAAUAAUGGAUCGAAGAAGAACCAAAACCAAGCUUUGCCCAUUAAUACCACCUUCAACUUUCCUUCUCCACUUCCACCUUUUCCACAAGGCAAAAGUGCCUUCGCCGGAGGCGUCAUCGACCUCGGCGGCGGACUGAAAAUUCGCCUGAUUUCAUCCUUCAACAAAAUCUGGACCACCCACGACGGCGGUCCAAGCAACCUCGGAGCCACAUUCUUCGAGCCCUCUCCUCUUCCCCAAGGCUUCUUCUCUCUUGGCCAUUAUUGUCAACCCAACAACAAGCCCUUCUUUGCCCGAAUUCUCGUUGGAAGAGACGACUCUCUUGCUGGUGACGCCCUCAAGAAGCCCGUCGACUUCACCCUCGUAUGGACCAGCGAAAAAUCCAACAUCAAACGCGACACCGACGGCUACAUCUGGUCCCCGACACCGCCAGACGGUUACAGAGCUGUCGGCCACGUUGUCACCACUUCGUCGGUAAAGCCCUCCGUCGACAGAGUUCGAUGCGUCCGUGCAGAUUUAACAGAGCAAUCCGAGAAGGAGACAUGGAUUUGGGGACUCAAAGAUUCAAUCGACGAAAAUGGGUUUAAUAUAUUCAGUUUCAGACCCACAAGAAGAGAUAUCACGGCAGCGGGAGUUUCCGUCGGAACAUUCGUCGCCUUGCCGGCUACAAAUUCCCCUCUGCCAUUGCUCUGUUUAAGAAACUCCGCUUCAAUUUCUGCAGCAAUGCCAGAUGUUUCUCAGAUCUCCACUCUUUUUCGAGCUUACGCGCCGUUGAUUUACUUUCAUCCCAAGGAGAAGUUUCUGCCGUCGUCGGUGAACUGGUAUUUCUCCAACGGUGCUCUGCUUUACAACAAAUCCGUUGAGUCAAAACCCGUUCCGAUCGACCCAAAUGGAACAAACCUCCCACAGGGCGGCCAAAACGAUGGAGGGUUCUGGCUGGAUCUUCCCAUCGAUGGCGGAGCAAAAGAGAAGGUGAAACAUGGCGAUUUACAGAGCUGCCAAGUUUAUCUCCAGAUUAAGCCAAUGAUCGGAGGGACUUUCACGGACAUAACAAUAUGGAUAUUUUUUCCAUUCAACGGGCCAGCAACGGCGAAGGUUGGAAUAAUCGACAUUCCGUUCAGGAAGAUAGGUGAACACGUCGGCGAUUGGGAGCAUAUAACACUACGUAUUAGUAAUUUCACGGGAGAGCUGUGGAAGGUUUACUUUGCUCAGCACAGUAAAGGAGAGUGGAUUGACGCAUCGUCGCUUGAGUUUGAAAAGGGGAACAAAGUGGUGGCUUACUCGUCGUUGAACGGUCAUGCGUCCUACUCAAAGCCUGGAUUGGUAAUGCAAGGUGGGGGAGAGAUUGGGCUAAAGAAUGAGACGGCGAAAAGCGGGUUGGUACUCGACACCGGAGCGAGCUCUGUAGAGAUAGCGACAGAAUAUUUGAGGGAGGAGGCAGUGACGGAGCCGGCGUGGUUGAACUAUUUCCGGCAAUGGGGGCCAAAAAUAGAGUACCAAAUUGCAGAGGAAAUGGAGAAGGUAGAGAAAUUGCUACCGGGGAGAUUGAAAGAAGCAUUUAAGCAAUUUAUGAACCGAUUGCCGGAUGAAAUUCUUGGACAAGAAGGACCUACAGGACCUAAAUUGAAGGAUAGUUGGAACGGAGAUGAACGCAGUUAAAAGAGAAAACACCUAAAUUUCUAUUCAUCCAUGCCUUUCAAUGUCUUUUCUUUUCAAUGUGAAUUUGAAUUGUAAAUCUUCUUGGAUGUUCUUUUUCUAAUUCAAAAUCACAGUGUAAGUGUAUCAUCUCUUGUUUUGGUUAUGGAAUAGAUGAAAUAAAAAUACGUAAAUGAAAGUUCGCCAUUAUCGUUAAGAAGAA